AUGGCUUACUUUGUAAUCACCGGAAACAUCAGCAAUGUCCUGUACUUCAGUACAAAACUUUUCUCAUGGUCUGACAAUGGAUAUGCUCCAUAUGCAGCUUCCGGAUUAUUCGCGCCAGUUUUUGAUAAUACACACAGAAAUAUUUCGUUUGUACAAGAGGAACUAAGAAGCAGCGGUUUGCUGCUGUCCGCAAGAAUUCCAUACUCCACAGUUCAGAAUGUCAUGAUCACACUGCAAGACUGGAAUUUUGUCAAAAGCACUCAAAACGAUAUUCCUGAUUUCAGAAUAUCCCAUUCCAUGAGAAGGUCGUUAAAGAUAUUAAUAACAUUAGUUACUAUUAUUUUAGAGAUUAUUUUGUUUUAUUAUUUUAAAGAGAUUAUUAGCAAUUUAUUUUGCAAAAAACAUCGGGCAGUGAUUAUGGCACAACCCUUAAGGAAGUUACAUGCCACGAACGAGCUUGAUAAGUUCGUUGAUUUUCCUUAUAAUGAUGCCUUCAUUAAUGGGCAUACCUUCUGA